AUGGCGGCAAAUAUUGGGGAACAGGGUUAUGACCGAGCUGAAGAAGUGAAGCAAUUCAACGAGUCCAAGCUUGGAGUCAAAGGCCUCGUCGACUCGGGUCUCUCCUCCACCCCUCUAAUCUUUAUCCACCCACUCGAGUUACAGCAGUUGCAGCCCACGACCCGACUUGACGCCCAACCAAUCCCUACAAUCGACCUAUCCGACCUCCACUCUGAUCGCCACUCUGCCAUCGUCGACCAAGUCAGCGCCGUGUGCUGCAACUUUGGUUUCUUCCAGAUCACCAACCACGGCAUACCGUCGGUGGUUAUGGACCGUAUGAUCACCGCUGUCAAGUCCUUCCACGAGCAGCCGACAAUGGUCAAAGCCCAGUUCUACCGUAGAGGGAGCGGCCUAGGUGUGUCAUAUUUCUCCAACGUCGACCUGUACAAGGCCAAAGCUGCCAGCUAG